AAACUUUACUUGAUGUUGAAUAUUUUUAACCUUUAAUAUGUUCUCACUACUGAGGUGAAAAGUUGUAUGUGUCACACGAGAGCAAAGUUAUUUCCUCUCUUGUUGCACAAAUAACUAUUACAUAAUUUUCAAUCGUGGCUGAAUGCCGAAUGGGUUAAUAGUUGAAUAUAAUUGUGUCGUUUUAAGGUACCACUUUGUCGCUUGCCAUUAAGACACUUUGACAGGUUAUUCAUAAGAAGAUACAAAGAAAUUUCGUCCUUAUUGUAAGCGACAAAGUGCUACCUUUUGCUUGAUAACGACCCAGUUAUUCUAGUUCGUUUGGGGAAUACCUUGGGGGACCCCGUGUAAAGUGAGCCGAUUUGCAUAAACUACUUAUUUCCAAUAGUAUCCAAGCAUAAAAAGUGUCAACCAUCAACAACAUGUUAUUUCGAGCAUGCGCGGAUGUUUAAAAAUCCAGGUACAGGUACACCCCUUUUAAAAAACCCUUUCAAGGAGUUUAUUACAUUGCUGUGGAACUCCACACCCAAAGCAAACCGCUUUUAUUAAAAUGUAGGCGCUUCCUACAUGACUCGACGGAAACAAUAUCAGAAAUCUGUGAGUCGAUUAGUAUCGAUAAUUAGUAAUUGGUAUAGGUAUCGAUGCAAUUAGUUGUAGAGUGCCGGUUGUUAAGUAUCAACAUCACGGUUGGAUGGGCCUUGAUAAGCCAGUUGUUCUUUUAUAGGGCGCUUUGAUUUUGGUUCGGUAGUUUGGCUGGGAAGUUGAGAGCCGUUUGAUUGGCAGGACGUUUGAGAGAGACAUAAUGGUUCGAGCAAGCUGCGUCCUGGCGAGCUGCGCGCUGGUGGGGCUGCUCCUGGCGGUGCCGGCGGCGUCUUACCCCAGGUAUCAAAACAACUACUACCGCAACGACGGACCCUACGACCCUGAGGAGAUCAUGGACAUGCUGAACCGCCUCGGAAACCUCAUCCAGAUGGAACGCAAAAUGGAGAACUUCAAAGACGACAUUACUAGUUAUAAAGAUGACAUUACUAGCGAGAAACGCGCCAUAGACCUGGGUCUCAGCCGCGGCUACUCCGGCGCCAUGCAAGCCAAGCACCUGCUCGGCCUCGCGGCGGCCAACUACGAGGGCGGCCCUGGCCGGAGGCGGCGAGACGCGCACUAGACGGAGGCCUAGAGGCCCGCUACGGAAGACCUCGUGUGACGCGCUGCUUGUUUACCUAGUCUACAAAUUUUAAUUUAAUUCCUCUGAGACCAUAGCCAAAUUAUGUGCCAAUUAAUAAAAGGAGUUGAAAGGUACAUUCACACCGCAGUUUACUUUUGUGGAGCAACACAAUACUAUUAGGUACCUUACAUAGUUACUUACUGUUAUAAGUGUUACACGGGGUUGCUUUACAGUUACUCCAAAAGUUAACUGGGGUAUUGAUGCACCUAAGAAAUAAAAAUAUAUCGGGAUGACAGACGCGACGAAUA